CGCGUGGUUUUGGACAAACAGAGAGGGGUGCGCGAGUUCCUCAAGGUCCGGACGAGUUACGAUGUCUUGCCUCUGUCCUUCCGUUUGGUUGUGCUCGAUAACAACCUGCUCAUCAAGAAGAGCUUGAACAUUCUCAUACAAAACGGCAUCGUGUCAGCGCCGCUCUGGGAUUCGCAGAACUCAGCCUUUGCCGGCCUGCUGACGAGCACCGACUUUAUCAAUGUCAUUCAGUACUACUGCCAGUUCCCUGACGAGAUUGCGCACAUCGAUCAGUUCCGCCUGAGCAGUCUUCGAGACAUUGAAAGGGCGAUUGGCGUGCUGCCGCUCGAAACGGUGUCGGUCCAUCCUAUGCGCCCCUUGUAUGAGGCAUGUCGGCGCAUGCUCAAAACGAGAGCCAGGAGGAUCCCAUUGGUAGAUCGGGACGACGAGACGGGAAGGGAGAUGGUUGUCAGCGUCAUCACGCAGUACCGCAUCCUCAAGUUCAUCGCCGUCAACAACGAACAAUACACCAUGUUGCUGAAAAAGCCCGUCCGAGAGCUUGGGCUGGGCACCUACAAGGACCUGGCGACGGCCACCAUGGGCAGUUCGGUUCUCGACGUUAUUCACCUCAUGGUCAAGUACAACAUCUCGGCGGUGCCCAUCAUCGACAAGGACAACAGGGUUCUGAACCUGUUUGAGGCGGUCGAUGUGAUACCCUGCAUCAAGGGUGGCGCCUACGACGAGCUGAGCGCCACGGUGGGCGAGGCGCUGUCCAGACGGGCCGAAGAAUUCGGUGGCAUCUACACGUGCAAUGAGGAUGACCGGCUGGAUGCCAUCUUUGACACAAUUCGGAAGUCAAGGGUGCAUCGGUUGAUUGUGGUGGAUGACGAUAACCGUCUCAAGGGCAUCAUUUCACUAUCGGACAUUCUAAAGUAUGUUUUGCUCUAUGGCGAGGAGGACGACGAUAUUCGGGGGAAUUAG